CCCAUUUCAGCUAUUCAUCUCUCCUCAUUUGAUUUAGGGAGAAAAAUCUGGGAAAAUAUUAUACAUCGAUCAGACCCACAGCUCCACUCACAAGGUGUUUGUUAAAAGGAGACCGGAAUUUGGAGGGGGAUUUUUGAGGCACCUGCCUAUCAAUUGAAUCGCAAACCGAUGGAAUUGUGUGCGUAGGCGACGCGUUGGAAUUGAAGAAACAAGGAAUCAAAACCCUAGGCGAAGGAGAAUCCCAUAUUGCCAGUCUUGGAUCCAUUGACGACUUAUUAUGCCAAUGAAUACACUCCAUUUUCUGGAUAUGCUAUAAGGAUUGUUGGAGUAACACAAGAAACCUGAUAUAUCUUGUUCAUUACAAGCAUUUCAUGGAGCUGAAGGUUUCUCCAGAAAAACCAGGAUUUUCAUCUUCUGAUGUUGCCAGUGAUACCGAGGAGAAAGAAAUUAGUGAAGGAGAAGAUGAAGAUGAUGAUCGUAAUCACAAGCAUCGUAGGCGGGAGGCUCGAUCUCAAUCUCAGGAGGGGGAUUCUCUCGAUAACCGUUUGACAAGACCAUAUAGAAAAAGAAACCGGCCUUUUGAAAAUGGUUACUCUUACAGGGAUGGUGAACCUCAAUCUGGUGAACACUGGAGAAAUCAUAAUAUGGCUUCGGACAGGGAUUUUCCUGCAAGGUUUGACAAAAGACGUUUCAACCAGGGAUCAUUUUCCAAAGCUCCUUCAGAUUUGAACCAAAGGAUCAGAGGCAGCCAAAUUCUACCAGGUGAAGUUGGCUUUGUCAGGGGCAGAGGAAGGGAACCUGUUCCUUGGGGCAUUCAUGAUUCAAGGUUUGGAUUGGUCGAUGUUGCAUCUCAAAUAGUUCAACCUGGACCUGUUCCUUCUGCUAUGUUUGCUGGGAGGGGCUUGUCAAAUGUUUCUAGUGCACAUGGUGCAUCUUGGAAUGCAUUUGGGAUGGUUCCAGGCUUACCUAAUGGUGGACUCGAGUCACUUCACCCCCUUGCUUUGCAAGGACCGCUAAGACCAGCUAUCAGUCCAGCAGUGAAUGUUGGGCUUCCACGGCAACGGUGUAGAGACUUUGAGGAACGUGGUUUUUGCUUAAGAGGAGACAUGUGUCCAAUGGAACAUGGCGUAAAUCGUAUUGUUGUUGAAGAUGUUCAGAGCCUUUCACAAUUCAAUCUCCCUGUUUCACUUCCUGGCUCGCAACUUCUUGGAGCAUCUUCUGCACAAGUAGCUUUACCUGUUAACAACAAAGUUUUUCAUCCAAAAAGUAGCAAGACUGGAAUGAUUGUAGAUGGUUACAGCUUGAAUGGUGGUGUUGAGGGAGGUUCCAUGGCAGGGGCAUCUGCAUCUGAUGUGUAUGAUCCAGAUCAACCUUUAUGGGCAAAUGAUAACCCAGAGACAUCAGCAGCACUAAUAGCACUUAAUCAAGCAAAUGUUGAUGAAACUGAGUCCUCUGUGGACAGAGACUUUCCCAACCGGCAUAAUGUUGAAUCAGUUGAAGGUUUUAAUGAUGACCGUUCACUCAGAAAUGCCAAUGCUGGUGGAUCACAUAGUUCUUCUGCAUGGGGAAGAAUAAGCAGUUCAAAACGGGGUUCAGAACAGGAAAACAGGAAUGGGAAAAUACUAUACACAGACCGUUCCAAUGUUCCCAAUCAAGGAAAACGGAAUAAUGUUGAUGGAGAUGGUUCACCUUUUAAGCAAUCAUUUGCCAAGAAACAAAGUGAUUUUGUUCGCGAUAUUCGAACACCAGCUCAAAGAGGACUCCGUACUUUAUAUGUCAAUUACAUUCCCCUGAAAGACAAUAAGAGGGAAAUUCUUCUCUCACAUUUUCAGAAAUUCGGUGAGGUUGUUGACAUUUAUAUUCCCAUGCAAACAGAGCAGGCUUUUGUUCAAUUUUCUAAAAGGGAAGAAGCAGAAGAAGCACUAAAGGCACCUGAUGCUGUAAUUGGCAACCGGUUUAUCAAGCUUUGGUGGGCAAAUCGAAAUAAUAUUCCUGACGAAGGGAUAAGUGGCAAUACUGCUGCACAAAUUGCACCUCGUGGAAUUUCACUUCAUCCAGUUUCUAAUCAAUUUAUUCUUGACAAAGGAAAAGAAAAUCCGCAUCCUGCAACUGGAAAAGAUAGUAACUCCAAUGCUUCUGUUAGUCAACAGCUGGUUCCUGACCAUCCCAAGUCAGCGAUUACGAAUGGUUCCAAAGCCACUCCCUUACAGCCAAAGAAAUUGGAGAGCUUAGAGAUAUUGAAGGAAGAACUUCGUAAGAAGCAGGAGAUGCUGGAUCAGAAACGAAAUGAGUUCAAGCGCCAGUUAGACAAACUCCAAAAACAAGCUGUUGGCAGCAAGGAUAUGCCAGCAUCAGAUUCACCCACAAAAAGGAUUAAAGGUGAAACACCACCUAAUCAAGCAAAAGCUGAAAGUUCCAAGUCAUCACCAAGAGAUAGCAUGUCCAUUGAGAAUACUCAAUCUGUACAGCAUUCUGUGACACAUACUUCAACUUCAACCAUGCCUAUUUAUGAGCCUUCAAAACCUUCUUUUCGUUCGCAAGCACCUAUUGGGGCACCAUUUGUAGCAAACAGAUUCAAGCUGGACAAUCGGCCUACAGUGUUCAAAGUUGUUCCACCGUUACCAUCUGACCUAGCAAAUGUUGCUGCUCUGGAGGGGCACUUCUCAUCGUAUGGCGAUCUUGCUUCGGUGGUACUGGAAGAGUCAGAGCUUCAAGAGACUAAUGAUGCUUCAGUAUCAUCUUCUAACAUUUCAGCUCGUAUUUCCUUUACAACCCGACGAUCUGCUGAGAAGGCCUUCUCAAAUGGUAAAUUAUGGCAAGGUCACAAGUUGCAGUUUUUGUGGCUAUCAUCUGUUAAUACUGGGAAUCUCCCAGCCGUUUCAAAAGCGUCUGUUAACACUGGCAAAGAAGUUGACAGCUCUGGGAGUGUCCCGGCUGCUUCAAGUGCGUCUGUUAACACUGGCAAAGAAGUCGACAGCUCUGGGAAUCUCCCAGCUGCUUCAAAUGCACCAUCAGAUAUUAACGCUCAACCUAGCGGAGAUGAUGCAUCAGCGGAUAUUCAGAAAACUCCCGCCUCAGGAUCAGACGAACUUGGGAACCACAGAGUAGAAGCUGAUGCAGAUUCUUCUGAACAGGAGAAAGAUUCAAAAUCCACGGCGACCUCAAGUUCGGGCGAAAACCAGCUUUAGCUCUCGUACCUGAUGCCGCAUCUAGUUGUACAGUGAGGUAAACAUGAUGUCAACUUAUUAAUAUUCAUAUGGUUUAACUGAAUCUGUGGCUAAAGUCUAGCUUCAGUCUUAUUUUCUCAUUUUUAGGGGUUUCUUUUUGUGGAGAAAUGUCUAAUUUUCAACUGGCAGUCCUCAUUAAGUGCGAGUUGUAAUGGUUUAUGUUCUUUCUUAUA